CCCAUUUCUCUAUCUUCCUCUCUCAAGAUGACCACAGAUUUUGAAAAACGGUUAUACACAUCUAGCCCUUAUUCUGAUAUACUCAGUCUUGGUGAGGGAGAUGGGGCUUAUCCACCAUUUAUAGAUGGUAACGCGAAUAACAAUCAAAAUCAGGGAGCUGUUGAAAGUAACAGCGAGAAUACUCUGUUGUUGAUCGUAGCCCCGGCCUGUGCUGGAGGAGUUUUCCUCAUACUCAUCUGUGCCCUGAUUAUAUUCUUCAUGUUCAGGAAAAAAGGUAAAUCCAAAGGAGCCAUGUUGGAACCAGAAUCAAAGGUAUUAAUUGACGCUCCACCGUUUUUGGUUGAUCCAAUUGAGAUGCGCAGACAACAUUACCAAACACCUGGUAUGAUCAGCCAUCCACCGAUACCCAUUGAGAGAUUAGCCGAGCAUAUCGAUAACCUUAAAAACAACGACAACUUGAAAUUCUCUCACGAAUAUGAAUCGAUUGAACCUGGACAACAAUUCACCUGGGAUAACUCUAAUCUGGAGGUUAAUAAACCCAAGAAUCGUUAUGCCAACGUUAUCGCUUACGAUCAUUCACGUGUUAUUCUACAGCCGAUAGAUGGCGUACCUGGAAGUGAUUACAUUAACGGUAAUUAUAUGGAUGGUUACAGAAAACAGAACGCUUACAUUGCUACACAGGGUCCAUUACCAGAAACAUUUGGUGAUUUUUGGAGAAUGGUCUGGGAACAACGAUCUGCUACUGUUGUCAUGAUGACCAAGUUAGAGGAAAGAUCGAGGAUAAAAUGUGAUCAAUAUUGGCCGUCACGUGGAACCGAGACAUAUGGUUUGAUGCACACCCAGUUAGUGGAUGUUACGGAACUAUCAACAUACACAAUGAGGACGUUCCAUCUAUCUAGGUAUGGUUGUCCUGAGAAGAGAGAAGUACGACAGUAUCAGUUUACAGCCUGGCCAGAUCAUGGUGUACCAGACCAUCCAACACCUCUACUAAUGUUUAUGAGACGAGUUAAAUGUAGUAAUCCUCCUGAUGCUGGUCCUAUGAUUGUUCACUGCAGUGCUGGUGUUGGUAGAACUGGAGCAUUUAUUGUAAUAGACGCCAUGUUGGAGCGAAUUAAGCACGAAAAGACUGUUGAUAUUUAUGGUCAUGUGACCUGUUUACGCGCUCAGAGGAACUACAUGGUUCAGACCGAAGAUCAGUACAUCUUUAUUCACGAUGCGUUGCUGGAAGCCGUUCAGUGUGGUAAUACGGAGGUACCAGCACGAAAUCUCGCUGCUCAUAUUCAGAAAUUGACACAACCCGAACCAGGUGAAACAGUCACUGGUAUGGAAUUAGAAUUCAAGCGUUUAGCUAACAUGAAAGCAAGUCCAAACAGAUUUGUAAGUGCCAAUCUUCCAGCUAAUAAAUUUAAGAAUAGAUUGGUGAAUAUUUUACCAUAUGAAUCAACACGUGUCUGUCUGCAGCCUAUUCGAGGUGUCGACGGCUCAGAUUAUAUCAAUGCAAGUUUUAUAGAUGGUUACAGGUAUAGGAAAGCUUAUGUAGCUACUCAAGGUCCUUUAGCGGAAACUACAGAAGAUUUCUGGAGAAUGUUGUGGGAACAUAAUUCAACAAUUAUUGUUAUGUUGACAAAACUUAGAGAAAUGGGUAGAGAAAAAUGUCAUCAAUAUUGGCCGAGUGAGAGAUCAGCACGCUAUCAGUAUUUUGUUGUGGAUCCAAUGACAGAGUACAACAUGCCACAAUAUAUAUUACGGGAAUUCAAAGUCACAGACGCAAGGGAUGGUCAGUCUCGUACUAUACGACAGUUCCAGUUCACCGAUUGGCCAGAACAGGGCGUGCCAAAAUCUGGUGAAGGUUUCAUUGAUUUCAUUGGUCAGGUUCAUAAAACAAAGGAACAGUUUGGUCAGGAGGGUCCAAUUACUGUACAUUGCAGUGCUGGUGUGGGUAGAACUGGUGGAUUUAUUACACUCAGUAUUGUUUUAGAGAGGAUGAGGUAUGAGGGAGUAGUCGAUAUGUUCCAGACGGUCAAGAUGUUACGAACACAGAGACCAGCCAUGGUACAGACAGAGGAUCAGUAUCAAUUUUGUUAUCGAGCGGCUCUGGAAUAUCUUGGCUCGUUCGACCAUUAUGCAAAUUGAGGAUUUAAGAAUGUUAUUUUCUAGUCGGCUCUCCGUUUAAAGACUUUUUAUAAAAGUUGCUUUGCGUGUGAAACUGACAAUUAACCUUGGACUAAAUCGUAUUUUGACGUCUUGUCUUGACGCAAGGUUGUUUCCUCCGUAAAGAACACGAUAGCUUUAGAAGUGAUGAUAAUUGUGACUUGAUGAUGGGAUAAAAUUUCCAAAUUACAUAACAUUGACUGUUGAAGUAAUGACAGAGUUAUCUGACUUGAUUGUAUUUGUUUACCGCCACCAGAGGGCUCUGAUCAGCGUCUUCUUCCAUUAUUUUCAUUGAAUUGAAAUUACUACACAAUGUGUUUAAUCUUGGCUCAUGGUAUUAUUGCAACGACCAUAUUUUUGGCGUGAAGAGAGAAAAAUGUGCGCUCAAUAUUUUAAGGAGCUAUAUAUGUUGAGGUUUCGUAUUUAUCAAGGUGUGAUUUGAAUCAAAUUUUUGGCGUAUGUAGAUGAUGUUGUUCUUUCUUUUGUCAUCGUUAUGUUUUAAUUGUACAUCGUCAAAAUACAGGGAAUUUUCACAAAGUUACGCUAAUUAAUCAUUGACGAAAAGACGUAACGUCAUCAACGUGAAUAUAUAUUAGAUCUGUGCUGUGUGUAAAGAAGAUUUCAAAUUGAAAAAGACUUACUUAUGCCGUUAAAUGGAUUUAAUUAAAUUGUGCAUACGUCAAAAGGCAUUUACAUCAUAAGAUAAUGCCAUGGAAGCUUAUUGCAACUUUGCAUACGUCUAAAUAUUUUCCCAACACGCCAACUUAGAACUCCGUACUUACAACAUCAUAAUCAAAAUCAGAUAAUUUAUAGUCAUCAUUUACAUCAUCCAAUUAAAAUGCUCACAAAAAUAGAAGACGAAACAAAAAAACGGAACAGCGGGACAAGAUAUUAUAUAAAGUGAGAAUGUGAAUUCGUGGGCAGUCGUUGCAGACGGAAAGUGGAAUUUGUAUAAAGACUUUAAAAUGAAUAGAAUUAAAAUGUUGUAUUAUAAGAUACGUUACUAUAAUAUAAAUAUAUAUAUAUAUAUAUACAUAUAUGAUAUACCAUAAUCUAAUCUGUGUAUUUAGACUCCGUAUAAGGGGAUCGUUCAUUGUGCUGAAAUGAAAUGAAUCAAACUUUAAGAGAAUUUUUGCAUGAAUCUGAAAAUAUUGUUUUAAUCGUAGCUCGUAAUGUUAGAUGCAUUUUUCAUCAUUUUUUUUCAAUAUUUUUUUUUUUUUUUUUUUUUCAAUGCAUACUUGUGGUUCUAUAUUUCCAUUGUUGACUUUUCAUCUGUUUUCUAAUGUUGCAUUUCCUUGUUAAUUCAUUCGUUGACUUUUUCAGUGGUUCGUGAGAUUAUGAAUCCAGUUCUUAAUUCGAAAUUUUGCAGUUUAAUAAUUUUAAUUGUUCAAUUUUAAAUUUUACAAAAAAGUUUUGUACGUUUUUUCUCUGUAUUCAGAUUUAAAAUCUGAAAUUUAUAUUUAUAUCUGAUGUGAAGAGUUUUAAACUCAGUAAAAGAUGAAAUGGAAAUUAAUAUAUGUUUCCCACGUUCUAUUUGAUUUAGCGACAAAUAAAUAGCGUGUCUGUCAGGCUUGGAAAUAAAUAGUAUGUCUUAUUAGGCCUGGAAAUAAAUGGUCUUGUCAGGGCUAGAAAUAGUUGGUCUUUUCUGGGCUGGAAAUAAAUAGUCUUGUCAGGGCUGGAAACAGUUGGUCUUGUCAGGGCUAGAAACAGUUGGUCUUUUCAGGGCUGAAAAUAAAUGGUCUUGUCAGGGCUGGAAAUAGAUGGUCUUGUCAGGGCUGGGAAUAGUCGGUCUUGUCAGGCCUGGAAGUAAAUGGUCUUGUCAGCCCUGGAAAUAGUCGGUCUUGUCAGGCCUGGAAGUAAAUGGUCUUGUCAGGCUUAGAAAUAGUUGGUCUUGUCAGGCCUGGAAGUAAAUGGUCUUGUCAAGGCUGGAAAUAGUCAGUCUUGUCAGGCCUGGAAGUAAAUGGUCUUGUCAGGGUUGGAAAUAGUCGGUCUUGUCAGGCCUGGAAGUAAAUGGUCUUGUCAGGCCUAGAAAUAGUCGGUCUCAUCAGGCCUGAAAAUAAAUGAAAUUAUAAUGACAAAAGACCUGCCUCAGUUGAAUUCAGCCUGAUGUUUAUUAAUAAUAUAGAUUUUAAAGUUGUACCUAAAAGACAGGCACCGGAGAGAUUUUGCCUAACAAAAGCCAGUUGUUUUAAGUGUUGGGUAAAUUUAUUUCCAGGCUUAUUAUCCAUAAAUACUAGAAAGAUGACAAUCUGAAUAUUUAUUUUAGUUUAAAAUUGAAAAACCCCUUACAAUAUCAAUGAAAAUUUGCUAUUGAAAAAAAAAAAUGGUUAUUAAACAUUGUACUACUACGUUGCAGUUUUGAUAAAUUUACAAUAUGAAAUUAAAACUCCAAUUACUACAUCGUCAUCUAAAUGUACAUUCAUCUCGUCGUCAUUGUAAAAGAGGAUUUCUCUUCUCUUUAUCUCACUCGUGCUCAUUUGUUACUUUCAUGUAGUGCUUACCAAAUUACCAUGGAAACGGAAUCAAAACGUAUAUUAUGGAUCGUACAGGUACCUUCAUCAUUUAUAUUGGUGUAUUUAAUGUCGAAGAUUAAUCAAGGUUUAUUCGUCAAUUUUAAAAUAAAGGUUGUGUUUAAAAGCCUUUUUGAUUCUUGCCUUGUACUUGUUCCAUAGUUAAAAGAAAAUCUUCGUUUUAAUCAUCAUGUUAAACAUUCAUAAGAUCUUAAAGAACAUCAUUUUAUAAUUAAAUUGUUAAAACCAAAGUUUUGAUACACUUGUGACUACUUAAUAACAUAACAUCGUUAAGUUGUAAUAAUUAAUUACUUAAAUCAAACGAAUAAAAUUACUUUUUGUCCCUUUUAAAAUUAUAUUUUGUUAGAAUCUCGUCAGAAACAGUUAUGAGACAAGAGGUUUAGAGUUAAAAUGGCUUGAAUUUAAAUAGAGUUGAGAUAUCUAAAUUAUUUGUCAUUUGUUUUCAUAAUUAAAAGAUAAAAUGAUUUGAUUUUAGUACAGUUGAAAUACCUAACUUGUAACGAAACUUCAAAUUAUUUUCGAUUUGUUUUCAUAAACGAAUACAUGUACAUUUUAGCAACACAACAGCUGGCGGAUGAAGCCUAUUUAUUUAGUAUUUAUCAAGAUAUUUGUCACUAAAUUGAAUGGCGAGAGAUUUUCUGUGUGCUUGAUUUGCGUAUAUUUGAUGUGUUACUUUUUUACGAAACAAUUUGUACAUUUUAUUAUUCAGUAUCUCAUAGUUUAUAUUAGUACGGUUCAUUUUGUAUCAUAUUAAGUCUAUCAGUGCCACAUGCUGGCCGAUUUGGGAUGAUCGAAAUUUUGGAAUAUAUGUUCAUCCAUGUUAUCGAAAGCUUGGCAUGUGACCCCUUUAUGAAAAGCUGUCGCUGAUUGUUUUUCAACUAGGGGUCACAUGACAGGGUUUCGAAAGCACAGGAGUAAUUUUUCAAGUUCAGAUUUUGGAGAUUGGGUUGUGGCACUUAAAGGGUACAGAAAUAUAUUUAACAAUCAUCAGUGGUUGGAAGAAACAAAAGGAACCAGCUAAUAGACAUUUUAGCUGUUCCCGUUAACUCCCAUGUUGUAGUAUAAUUGUUCAUUACAUAAUAAUAUGCUUCACAACUGUAGGAGAAAUAACAACCUACAGAUGGCACAAUUUUUCUUGAAAAUAAAAAAACGAAUUGAAGUUUAGACGUUUUACCUACGUGAUGUGUUUUGUUGAAAAUCCAAUUUGUUUUUGAUUAAACUGUAUAGAACAGGAAUUAGGAAACUUCAGUAUAUGGUGAUUGGAAUCAAAAAUGAUUUGAGGGGACAAUGAAAUACAUUUAAUUUAUAUUUAGUAUCUCUGUAUAGUUUAACAAUGGAGCUUUUGUAACAAAAAAAAGUUCCGGAAUGAAUUCAUAGGGGCCAAUUGUAUUCUUCUUUCUAGUUUGGUGUAUAGUUUAUAAUGUAAAUAAUUCAAUUUAAAUAAUUUUAUUUUAGGACUGGGUUAGUCAUUGCAACACAAACAAUAGUACAUUAAGAACACUUUUCAGUUUAUCAUCGAAAUAUGAAGGAAAAUGGCAUAGAAAAUAAUAUGUUUAAAAUAUAUGUGUAGGAAUAUUCACUAAAUAUAAUUUCCAAUUUGGCAAUGAUCUCAAAUUAUGUGUCUCAUUUGUGCUAUGGAGUUCUAAUAAUUCGUUUGGCUUUGAUGUGCUAAAAUAUUAAAUAAUGCGGAGAAAAUGCAGAGUUAACCACUGCUCAGGCAUAGUUAAAUUUCAUUGGACAUGGGACAUGCAACAUUCAGCCCACUGGUUUACGAUACGAUUUGAUCUUACCCCGAAAUAAACUAUGAAAUGUUGACAUGUAUUUGAUAAAUCAAAUUCCAUUGUUUUAAUAAGCCGACAGUUAAUGUUUGGUUUAAUCCAGUUGUAGACCUUUUGUGGUCAUGGCUACAUAAUAUCAUUCUUCAAUUGUUAAUUUUACACCUCUAGAACUUGAAUUUAAGGUUAUUUUUUCUUCCUUGUGAAAUUGUAUAAAAUUAAAUGUGUGUAUAUACUGCCCAAGGACUUAGUAAAUGUUUUAAUAUUUUUUUCACCGUUGAUGAAUUGUACACAGAAUAUGAAUGGAUACAAAAAAAUGAUCUUUUGAUGGACCCAUGGACCUUAUAAUGUAUUAUAAGGUCCAUGAUGGACCCAAGAAAUGAUAACUUCAAAAAAUGGCAAAAAUUUAAUUUUUAUUGAGCACAGUAUAAAUACUUAAAAAAACAAAUUUAGAGACUGAAAAAUUCAAAAUAUUCUCUGAUAUUUUACUUAUUACCUAAUUAUAACUAUUCUUUUGUUGGACAUAUGAACUUCCUAAAUAUCUGAGAAGAGUUAUCUCCCCUGUAUUCAGUAGUAGAUGGGUUAUCCCCCUUACAUUAAGUCAUAGAAGGGUUGUCUCCCCGGCAACUUAAGUACAAGACACAUCAUGCUUAAUCUUGGCUUACCUGUCAGCUCUGCGGAACGCAGGGGGAACCUGCUGUUCAUUACCGAAACAGUGAUUAAAUUGUUAUCUCGAAGUAGUAAUUUAUUUCCAACAGUGUAAAUAUAGUCAGUAGAUAUUGUGUUAGUGAAUAUAGGUAUUGUCUAUUUUCAUGCCGGUGGGGGGGGGGGAUCAGGUCGGUUGGAGAGAUUGUUUACAUACGGAAUACUCAUCUAUUGGGAUUCCUGGGUUGGGGCUUAAGUUUAGUAUCACCUAGUUUAAAUACUAAUCCCGACCCUUGUGGUGUUCUGUUGUGUAUGUGGGAAUUGACAACCUAUCAAACCACCUGACCUCCCCUACCGGUCUGAAAAUAGACUCUCCUGUGAAUAUAAUAACUUGGUGAAUUAUAACACUCAGAUGUCAUACAUACUGAUUGUUGUAUAUAGCCUAAAAUAUUACCCACAAUUCUACAUACACUGGCAUCAUGAUAUGGAUAUUAAUUGGAGGUCGAAUUUAUAGUCAUUUUAGGAUUUGGGAUGUUUUGUGCAGAGACUAGGCAUAGAAAAAAUUGUUUUUGUUGUAAUUUGAAAACUGUCGGGGACAUUUGAAAAAGUGCCUGGCAUAUUUAAUUUUGUGCCAGGCGUGUACUACAAAGAUUAAUAGAAACACUGAUAUUUGACAAAUCUGUGUCAACAAAAUGACUGACAACAGAGAAUUUGCACCUGACAAAACCUGAAUUUGUGCUUGACAGGUGACUUAUUUCAAGACUGUACAGAGAAUCUAACUUGGUGUUAAUCGGCAAAUCCAGGGUCGGUAUCCACAAAAAUAGAAACUAAACAAUGUUAAGAAUGCAAACCUUUCAUUGGCUAAGAUCUAAAGCUUUUAACUCUCAACCAAUGAAAAUGGCUGCUUCCUUGAAAUAUUUAAGUUGAUAUGUUUUGUUGUUGUUAAUUAUUGACUCUAUAAUAACUUCUUUAAAUAUCUGAACACGGAUGCCAGGACAUGUGGAAUUUGGGUUACUACAGUUGUUUUGUAAAAUAGCGUUUGAUAUUCUUUAUUGGGCUUAAUUUUCCUUUCCUUUCUUAAAUGGACCUGGAUACACUAGUCUUAAGUAGCACUUGUCUACCAGUUUUUCAAGUUAUAUAAUUAUUAUUGCAUGAAUGUGUAUUUGUGUAUUUUGUACAUGUUAUCAGAUCAUAUGAAAACAAAAAAUUACAGCAAAUAAAUGUCUAAAUAAAACGUAUAUAUGCUCUAUGUA